AUGAAUAUCAUCGACGAGUACGACCUGGACAUGUACAAGAAUAUUGUCAUGUCGAAUAACUGCAAAGAGGAAGACAUCCUCUGCAUUUUUAACAUGUCGAGCUUCCUCAACACGUUAUGCUUUAUUAUAUUUUUCGUGAUCUUCCUGUGGGCCCUGUCUAUCAUUUCGAGGUACUACACCUCCUACAAUAUUAUGAAGUAUCUCAAGGAUCGGAAGGCAAUCUACAUGCAGAACUUGUCCCGCUACAUCAACGAAAUAAAAAUGCUAUGCAGGAGCCACGUGAAUGAUAUCAUCCGAAUUAAGAAAAAGAUAACACCGAAGAGCGUCGACAAGAUAAGCCUAGACAUAUGUAUCCAUGACAACAUUCAGUUGGUGAAGAAUUACCUCAGCUCCAGCGCCAAGGACACAACUGACUUGUACAAAUAUGGCAUCACCUUCACCUUCUCCUCAAAGAAGCCUGUUUGUGUUACCCUCUACUGGGGGGUGCUCCUCAAUGAAAUCAAUCAGGUGAUACACGACAAGACAGAGGGACGAAGAAAGACAACAAACGGAAGAAGCACCGUCAUUUGUAUAGACAAUUUUAAGACCUUUUUUACCGAAGGGUUUGGCAGAUCGUUACAGUUGAAGCCUUCCUCCGAUGCGAUGACUUACCUUCUGGAUAAACAUAAGGGUAGUUCCUAUUCGGGGGAGGAAGAUGUGGCAGGAACAGGAGAAAACUUCUACGAUCAUCACCAUCAUAACCGUGAUCAUUUGUCCCCACAGCAGAACCCCUCCUUCAUUAACUUCACCUCAUGCUUGCACAAGACCCCUAGCUCAUUCUUCGCGUGCAGGGAAAAUAUCACCUAUACCAUGCCGUCCGAUGAGAGCUUCUGCGUCGCAGAUGUCCUCAGCCAAAUAGAGGUCGAGAAAAAUUGCUACCUGGAUGAUCUCAAGGAGAAACUACAGAAGAAUAAGUACGAUCAGCAACACCCCCUUGACGAAAAAGUGUUAAGUAGCAACAUGAGCGACGAGCAGAUAAGAAUCCCCCUCACUAUUCUCAUAAACGGCGCACCCCCGAUGGAUUUGAUGUCCACUUCUUCACUGUAUGGCAGCUCCCCUGGGGGCGCCGCCACUACUGUCUCCCCCUCGAAAGGGGUAGGGAAGAACCGAGCCAGCGGAACAGGAGCGACAACCGGAAUUGGGACCCAUGCCAGCACGCUAGUCGUAUUGGUGGACUUCAAAAAAAUGAAGGAUAAGUAUAUUCCAUCGAUAAUCAAAGACAUCUGUGUUUUUAGCCAAAGUGGCACCAACACGGCGGUACAUAAAAGCAAAAAGAAAAAUGAAGGUUUCCAAUUUGUCGACAUACUAGACAUUUAUGGACACGAGGAACACGAUAAGGAGUGCCUCAUCUGCAUGACCUCGUACAAGGACACUUUGUUGAUGCCGUGUAGGCACUCAUCCUUUUGCUAUGACUGCAUGAAAUCAUUGCGCCAGGAGAAGUGCCCCAUCUGCAGGUGUCUCUUCACUUCCUUUAUCAAGUUCCCUCUCAAGAAUAUCGACAAGGGGGGGGACAUGCCGUAA